AUGAAGGACACGAGGCAGUUUCAUUCCGGCAACGAGCCCAGCGGGAGAAGAGUGCUACUAUUGAGCUCGGAACGAAGGCUACUAGAGCGCAGGAGGAAGGAAGGGACCAUCUCACCGCAGGACCUCAAGAGGCUGGAGGAGCACGAGAGAAGUGAAGCACAGAAGGGUCCAACGGAGGAGAUGACGGAAGGUGAUGUCGGAGUAGUGAAGAAGGCUGCUGGCCCCGCUGCGAUUGCAAUGUACCAAAUGGGCCUGUCUUCAGAGAACAUAACUGAAGAAGAGCUGUCCGAGAUGAAGAUGGAAGUUAUGAUUGACGACUUGAAGGACAUGAAAGGAAACUUGAAACCUCUCAGUCCCCUUCCUAUCGAGGAGACGACAAACCCAAACCAGUUCGCUGGAUUGAUGUGCACGCCCCAGGUGCAUGAGAAGCUGCAGGCAAUUGGUGUCUCUACGCCUCUUCCCAUCCAGCAUGUUGCCAUCCCUUCUAUCAUGUCGGGUCGCUCUGUCAUUGUCCAGUCUCCAACGGGAAGCGGAAAGACGCUCGCAUACCUCAUGCCCUUGUUCGCGAGGUUCGAGGAAGGAAGCAAGCCGAGGAGGGGGCUGAUAGUCGCUCCUACCCGAGAACUUGCUCUGCAAAUUCUCAGCGAAUGCGUCAGAUAUCGAGGAGCAGGGUUUGGAAUGAUGAUUGUGGGAGGGACAGAAAGAUUUGAAGAUCAGCUGGAUAAGAUGAUGAAGACAACCUGUCCCAUCGUCAUUUGCACACCUGACAGAUAUCAAAGCAUUCUUGCCACCAUCAGGGAUAAAGAUCAGCUCCAGCAGCUGCUGGGCAAUCUGGAAGUGAUGGUGCUGGAUGAGGUGGACAAACUGUUGAACCCGUUGAACAAGCAUGCGCCUCUCAAGAAGGUGAAGAUGAGGAAGGCGCAUCCGAUGCCCACGAGCUUGAUGAUGCAGCGAAUCCUGCAGCAUCACAAUCGACGUAGCCUUCCCCUACAAAUCGUCUCUUGCUCUGCAACCAUCAGCAGGUCGCUGAGGCAGGAGCUGGCCAGAUUCGACGAGUCCCUCGGGAUGAAAGUUUUAGACAUUGUCCGCUUGAGUCGAGAUGACUUCAUGACGGAAGAAGAGCUUGUGCAACAGAACAAGCUGUUGAAGAAGCUGGAUACAGGAGGGCAGUUCGAAGCCGGAGCGAUUAUCCCCCCCACCAUCAAGCAUCUCUACCUUUCCAUCAGGAGAGAAGAGGAGAAAUAUCGCACGCUGCAAAAUCUGCUCACCGCUUACUGUCCGACCACUCCUGCCAUCUUAUUCCUUCCCAAUGGGCUGAGCGUGAACGAGAUUAUCGACAAAAUGCACUACAGCGGCAUCGAACGAGCGAUCUCGAUCCAUCGGGCCCUGGGAUUCGACGAGUACGAUGCGAAGAAUGCCACGGGCGAGCCAACAGUGUCCGAGGACAUUCACAAUGAACUUGUGCAGCGGCGAGAAAACCUGAGAAACUCUCUCGCUGAGCAAGACAACCCACCGCUGAUCAUCAUGAGCGAGUCAAACGCUCGUGGCCUGGACUUCUACUUCGAUGUCGUGUUCCUCUGGGAGCUCCCCCGCGAAGUCGCCAGCUAUGUGCACAUGGCAGGGAGGACUGGGAGGCUGGGGAGGAAGGGAAAGGUUGUGACCCUGGUCGUCAAGGAUUUGAAGAAGCGAGUGGGUCUCUUCGAGUCUCACCUCGGAGUGAAGUUCAAGUACCUGGCUGACCCCGACACCCUCGCCCCUGACGACGACGAGGAGGAUGUGCGAGUCGAGGAGGAAGUGGAUGAGGAAGACGAAGAAGACGAUGAGGAUUACGAUGACGACUAUGAGCAACCGCCAACGCGACGCUCGUGA